AUGGAGGCAACAGGAGCCGCGCCCCCCAUCUUCGGCAUGCACGAAGACGUCCCGUACGUCAUCAUGGAAAACAACCCCGCCCAGACGCCCCGUCAGGUCCGAGUCCACACCCUCCUACUCCAGGAGGCGAAUCUCCCCCGAGACCGCUGGGUCGGGUUCGCGAAACGCGUGCUCCAGCAUUUCUGGAGCCGCGAGCCGCAGGACCAUCGGCGCCGCGGCGCGCUGGUCAUCUACGAGGACCGCGUGCGGUUCUUCCGCGAGGACUGCUGGGGGAUACACGAGGCGGUCGAGUUCGUCUUCGACAAUGAGCUCGAGUGGUACUCGCAGUUUCCCUACACGCAUGUCAUGCGGGGGUUUUAUAUGGCCCUGGAGGUUUGA